AUGCUCCUUAAGCAAGGAAAGACGGUCCUUGUGGAUCAUAAAGAUUUAACAUUAUACAUAAAUCCUAUUGAAAAAAUGUAUUUUAAAUUGAAUGUUGACGAAUACAAACUACUCGCACAAGAUUCAAAUACGUGGUGUAUAAUCGACGGGAGAGAACCCCAAAUCAGUCACGAUUACAAUGGCGGAAAGUAUAUAAUGGUAUCUUCUCCCCAAAAAGAAAUAAUUAAAAGUUUUGUUAAAGCACAGAAGUAUAUAAAAAUGUAUAUGCCAACAUGGGAAGAAGAUGAGAUAUUAGAAUGUUGCGACCUUCUUGAUGCAGAUAAAAACAUUGUGAUGGAAAAUAAAUGCUUAGUAAAGUUACAACUAGACCAUAAAAAGGAACUAUUCGAUUUUAUCAAUAAGGCACAGGACAUAACAAAAUUGGGAGGUUUACGUGGAACGUUGUUUGAAAUGAUCGCGCAUACGAGAAUUCGCCAAGGAGGAAAAUUUCAAGUACGUGAACUCACAAAAGAAGAAAAUUAUUUUCGACAAACAUCAAAGGUUUUCGAAACCAUAGAUAGUUAUUCUCAUUCAAAUAAGCUAUUUCAAGUCACUGGUUCUAAAAAGCAUAGUAUGGAGCAAUAA